AUGGAAGGGCUAGGGUACCCCCUAAACAGCGUGUAUUGGGACGACGACUCCCAUUUUCACGUGGACCCAGAAGGUCGAAUCUGGAUCCCAGACGGUGCUCAAUGGAGCGCCGACGGCCACCCUGUGAACCGCAGACAGAUCCUAGACAAGGCGGCCGCAAUGCCACCACCUUAUCGUCUAACCGAUUUGCUACGCGCCAAUGGCUUGGCAUGUGAUGUCGGUGAGUCGCAUGGCGUCAAGAAUACCGGCCACCUACGCGACUUUAUGCUGUAUUCAUACGGGCGCUACGACCACGUGCACCCCGCCGACGAGUCCGUAGGAAGCUAUCGCCCCCCAGGUUUGUCCUCGAUCGAUUAUUUGCCGGAACACUUGCGCUUGCUGACGAAUAACGAUUAA